CAUGUGUUGCGGUCACUGGAUGUAAACUUCCGGAAAGAGCAGCCGUAGCUAGGACGUAGAUCUCUUAAAUAUGGAAUAAAUCGCCAGUUAUUUAAACAACGCAUAUGACCUCUCGUCGUCCGCGUUAUUUAUAAAUCGAAGCCACCCGUCGUCAUCCGUGAACGCGCUCAGUUUGGAGCGUUUUUAAUUAAUAUAAAGUCGGUGACAGCGAGCAGCUAACUGUGUUAGCAGGCUAACUCUAGCAUCAUCAUCAUCAGCAGCAGCCGCAGUCAUGAUGGCGUCCAGCUACAACGCUAAAGACGAGGACGGACACAUCAGUGUGAGCGGGCCCGGCGGCGGAGCCCUGCGGAGCAAGAAGCCCGAAAACACGGCCUUCAAACAGCAGAGACUCCCGGCGUGGCAGCCCAUACUGACCGCGGGCACCGUGCUGCCCGCGUUCUUCAUCAUCGGACUCAUCUUCAUCCCCAUCGGCAUCGGCCUCUACGUCACCUCCAACAACAUCAAGGAGUUUGAGAUUGAUUACACAGGCGUGGACAUGUCCAGUCCCUGCUUCAACUGCUCACAGAACUUCAGCUGGAACAGCACCAGGCCCUGCACCUGCACGAUCCCCUUCUACCUGGAGCAGUCGUACGAGAACAACGUCUUCAUGUAUUACGGCCUCUCCAACUUCUACCAGAACCACCGUCGCUACGUCAAGUCGAGAGACGACAGCCAGCUGAACGGAGACGUCAACUCGCUCCAGUAUCCCAGUAAGGAAUGUGAGCCGUACGCUUAUCAUGACAACAAGCCCAUUGCACCGUGUGGCGCCAUCGCCAACAGCAUGUUCAACGACACACUGGAGCUUUUUUACCACCCGAACGGCACAAAGGUUCCGGUUCCUCUGACGGCAACAGGAAUCGCCUGGUGGGCGGACAAACACGUCAAGUUCAGGAACCCGGGAGAAAACCAAAACCUGACGGCAGUUUUCCAAGGAACGUCAAAGCCGGUGAACUGGCGCCGGCCCGUCUACGAGCUGGACUACGACCCCCUGAACAACGGCUUCAUCAACGAGGACUUCAUCGUGUGGAUGCGCACCGCGGCUCUGCCCACCUUCCGCAAACUCUACCGCAUCAUCAACAAGAAGGACAACAUGGUGCCGACCCUGCAGCGAGGAAACUACACGCUGGAGGUCGUCUACAAUUUCCCCGUCCGCAGCUUCGAGGGCAGGAAGCGGAUGAUCUUGAGCACCAUCUCCUGGAUGGGAGGGAAGAACCCGUUCCUGGGCAUCGCCUACAUCACUGUGGGCUCCGUCUGCUUCUUCCUGGGCGUCGUCCUGCUCCUCAUCCACCACAAGUACGGCAACCGCAACAACAGCGCCGACAUCUCCAACUGAGCGCCCCCUGGUGGCCACGCAGCAGCGUCUCGUCCUUCAUGUAGUCACGUGAUCAUUUAACACUCUCUAUCCACGCUAACGUGUCUUCUUUUUUUAUGCCAAAGUGAAUUUUAAAAGUAGCUUCAGUCGACGUCUGACAUCUACACUCACGCCGUUUCAUGUUCGCGCUCCUGUGAGAGUUUGUGUUUUUGUCGCACCGUGUGAUUUAGUGGCGUGACGACGGCGACAAGCUGCCGUUAAACUGCCAUAGAGGAAGAAGACAGACAUCGCGACGUAGUAACGUAACCAGUCGAGCUCAUCGCACGUGAGAAAACAUCGCAAGUGCAUGUCCUCGUCCUGCAUGACCAGAAACCUCUCCUUUUAUUUUUAGUGCCUUUAAAUGGGAUUUGUGAUCUCGGUUUUUUUUUUAAAUUCAAAGGGCCAAACCAGUGACAAAAUGGUUGCUAGGCAACAGAGAUGCUAGCUAGCUAGCCUUUUUUUUCAUUACAUCAUCGUAAAAACAAAGAAUGAAAGACAUACGGGAAACAAAUGAGUCUGGUGAAAAAUAAAAGUAAACAACUGCAAACUCUUAAUGAUUGAUGUUCAAGGGGGAGGAGUCCCGAGAACUGAGUCGCUAGGCAACGGAAAUGCCAGUUGGUGUUUCAUGGUAAAAGAAUUAGGAUGGAGGUAAAUUGUGACAGAGAUCGCGAUCGUCUCGUCGAAACACUGUAAACGCGAUUUACUCUGCGGAGAUUUGAGCUGAAUCCGUUUGCGUGAAUGUUAAUUUAUUAAAACGUGAGAAGUUUCCGCGAAGUUUUCCUGUCGUAGCUGGAGUACUCCCAAGGUGCAUGCUGGGAAAUGAGCUGCUCGUUUUUGUUGUCGUCCUCUGCUUUGAAUCUAAACAUCGUAAGUUUCUACUGAGUCGUUGUUUUUCUGUUUAUUUAUCGUUUGUGGAGCCAGUAUUUGCACAAUGGACCUCAGGGAGGUUUGAAAACUGUCACAACAACAAUAAUAAAGUGACGACGCAACAACAACAACAACAGCAGCAGCAGUGACAGAUAAACAUGUCGUUUGUUUGAGGUAAACUUGUGUGGACUUUUAUUUUGAUAGUCUCUGUAUAGUUGUUGCUUUAAACUGGAGUAAAAAGAAAACUGUUAAUAUUUAAA